ACUGAUUUGUUCUGUCAUUUUAAGUGCUAUCAAUUUGUGCGGGUCUACUUUUUCUUCAUUCAAAAAAAUGUCGCAAAAUGAGUGUUAGGAAAACGCUAGACGUUAAAAUUGCAUGAUGGACGAUCAAAUUAAACGAAACAUCUAUUAAUUUUUUUGGAACAUCAAGUUCGUUAUAAAAUAAAAGUCCAACACAGGCCUAGACUUUAUAAGAGGCCCAAACUUUGUAGGAGCAUCAUUCUGCUCAAUGCCAUUACAAUUGUCUAUGGUGAGAAAGUUACUCGAUCGAAUGUUGAAUGUUUUAUAAGUUAAUAAUGGUGAGGCCUCUUCGGUUGUAGGCUUGUAGCUAGUAAUAUAAGCAACAAGCAAGCUCCAUCACACUUGUGAGAUAUAUAAUUAUCCAUUGAGAAGGUCUAAUAUUGAGUGGAGAUUCCUGGUGGAUCAAUUCUCCACAUGAGAGUCUUGUAUGUGAAUACAACAAAGAAACCAUUAAAUAUAAACUAGCGUAAAUACUAGGCAUGGUACCAUAUUCCCAUAUUGAUUCUUCCUCCAAAAGACUGCACUUAUUAUAUAAGCAGAGUUAGAGUAACAUCAAAGAUCAACUAACAUAAAAAGCGAUGGCUCAGAUGGCGAAAUCCAUGAUAGAAGUGGAGAUCAAAGUGUCAGCUGACAAGAUUUUCCAAGCUAUUAAGGCUACUUCCCGCAGCGUACCAAAACUAUCUCCAGGGAAAAUACUUAGCGUGGAGGAGCAAGUCGGUGAUCACACCAAGAACUGGACUUUGUCUAUAGAUGGAAAAGUGGAGAAGAUGAAGGAGAGAGUUGAAAUAGACGAGGAGAACAAAUCAAUGACUGUGUUUGUGUUCGAUGGAGAUGUAAUGGAAAACUACAGUAGCUUCAAAUGCAACCUUCAGAUUAUACCGAAGCUCCAUGGAAGAAGUAUAGCGAGAUGGAGCUGGGAAUACGAGAAGCUUAACUCAGAUUCUCCAGCUCCUAAUAAGUAUAUGGAUUUUGCGGUCUAUCUCACUAGAGAUAUUGAGUCUAAUCUUCUCAAAACAUAAAGAUGUAAGUUAAUACGUAUUGCUUUGUUUAUAACAAUGGUUUCAUCUCUUUAUGCCAUGUGUGUACGUGCGAAAGUUACAUGAAUAAAAGUUUGAAGGGGUUGGGUUUUAACGUUAAUACAUACUUAAGAGUUUGUUAUUA